AGGAGGAGGAGGAGGAGGAAGAAGCCGCCGUCGCCUCCUCCUCCUCUUGCCGGCGAGCCCCCUUGGCCAGCGCCGGGCACAGCGAGCCCAGCCUCCGGCGGCGGCGGCGGUGCGCAAGGAGAGCCCCCCGGGCUCGUCCUUCCCGAUGCGCUUUUGCGCCGCGCGCCCUGCCUCCUCGCCCUGCCCGGGGGACUUCUCCUAGCCCGGCUGGGGGGGGGGCGAAAGGCGGACCCGGGGAAGAGGAAGAGGAAGGAGGAAGGAAAGAAAGGAGGAAGCGAGUCCGGAGGCGAGCGGCUAGCCAAGGGGGCGACUAGCCCUUCCCGGAGCCGCGCGCGCCCUGCCUCCCUCGCCGCCAGCGUGAUGGAUCUAUUCGACUUCUUCCGAGACUGGGAUCUGGACCAGCCGUGCCACUAUGAACAAGACCGGAAUGCGCUUAAGAGAAAGGAAUGGGAACGGAGAAAUCAAGAAGUCCAGCAGGAUGAAGAUCUUUUUGCGUCUGGCUUUAAUCUCUUUGGAGAACCCUACAAGACUAACAAAGGGGAUGCUCUCGCCAACCGCGUCCAGAACACCCUGGGGAAUUACGAUGAAAUGAAGGACUUGUUGACCAACCAUUCCAACCAGAGUCACCUAGUAGGCAUCCCAAAGAAUUCUGUGCCGCAAACCCCCGUCGAUAAAAAUGAACAGAACUUUUUCCCAGAGCAAAGGAAUCGGAUGAUCCCACCCCACCAGGUGAGCGGGCACGCCUCGGCUUCGAUGCCUCCCCCUAAUCCCAUCUCAUCCAACUCGAGUUUGCUGCAUGGUCACCAAAGCAGCAGGAAAUCCAGGACUGACUGGUCCCGUAGUGGCCACGGUUCUAACAGUGGCCAGCCGGGUCAAUCUGGUAGCCAACAGAGUAGGACGAAACACAACCCUUCCCACGAGCCACCUCAAGGCAGGUACGAUGACCUCUACCCCUGUCCAAGUGAACAGCAUAAGACUGGAGGAGGUGAAGAAGCGAACACAACACCGUCGUCUUCACACUCAAGGCGGCACAACCACUCAAAGUCAGCGGUGGUGGAACACUCUUACAAAGAGACCGGUCAUUCCAAAUCUCCUGUCGAUCUCGAGUUUCUGAGCCACGGGUCUGGAUCGCCACUCCCUUCGACCUCUUUAUUGUCAGCAAACAACAGUCUUUCAAGUCAGAACUUUCCUCCAGGACUUCACUGUAAAAGCAGCAUGACCCAACAAAAGCCAACAGCUUAUGUCCGCCCAAUGGAUGGGCAGGACCAAGUUCCCAAUGAUUCGCCUGAACUGAAACCUCCAAUAGAAAUUGAAGGCAUAUAUGGGAACCAGUCCUUUGGGACUCUGCUGGAAGGAAAGACUGCCGGAUCUGUCUUGAAGAACAAAUUACCAAAGCUUACCAUUCCUCAAGCUAACGAAGUUAACCUUUCCAAUGAUUCCAGUUGUGUGGAAGAAAUAUUGCGGGAGAUGACCCAUUCUUGGCCUCCACCUCUCACAGCUAUCCACACACCUGGAAAGGCUGAACAGAACAAGUUUGCCAUUCCAACCAAGGCUCAGGAUUCACAGCAUCUGACCUCAGGAUACAGUGCACAAAAAUGGAGUGAGCCUGCUGGCAAAGUUGCAGCCAAAUCGGUGCCACAGAAAUCAAUGCUUGAAGAUGAUCUGAAACUCAGCAGUGAUGAUGACGAGAACGAGCAGACCACAGAGAAGACAAAGUCCCGAAACAUUCCUGUAAACGGCCUUGCACUGCCAGCGGCUCACAACACAGUCUUAGUUCAUUCCAGCGGAGGUUCCGGAAGCUCCAGCGAAUCCGAGAGCAGCUCUGAGUCAGAUUCGGACAGCGAAACGAGUUCUAGUGACAGCGAAUGCAACGAAGAGUCACGCAGUGGAACUCCGGAGCCUGAGCCACCUUCUGCUAACAAAUGGCAAUUGGAUAAGUGGUUAAACAAGGUCAAUCCCCACAACAAGACGAUCAUCAACAAUCAGCUUGAGAGUCAUGGUGAGAAUAGCUCUCAAGCUCAGAGCAAUGCCCAGGUGGAAGGGCCAAACAAAGGGAAGCUGAACAGCAGCCAGCCUCUCGCUGAUUCCAAAGACAGGGCCUUACGGAGUCCCAUCCGAGAGAAAGCCAAACCCCGCGUGGCCCAGAAAGCCCCCGCGGAAGCGAAAAGCUCCAAGCAAAAAUCACCGGCUCACAAUGAACCUCCCCCUCAAAGGACAACCGGGAAGAAGCAACCCAAAAAGGUAGAGAGGUCUUCCAGCACAGAAGACUACAACUGGCCCAAACCAAAUAUUACCAGCAGCACACCCAAAGAGAAGGAUGCGCAGGAGACCCAGGAGCCGCCCAAGGUCCGCUCAAAAGUCACCUCGGGGAAGACCGCUCCGAGGAAAGAGCCGAGGACCACCACGGGCCCCGCGCCGGAGAAGAAGAAGUAUCGCGGCCCCAGCAAAACGGUCCCAAAGUCUCGGGAAUUUGUGGAAACGGAUUCGUCCACUUCCGAUUCAAACACUGACCAGGAAGAAAACCUGCAGGCUAAGACCUUGCAGGGUUGCAGCGGCCCCGACAGUAGCCUCAAAGCCAAGGACUCCAACAGCAACCUCCUCAGCGUCAGCAGCUUAACGAGCAACAGCAGCAAUGCUUCCAUGGACCAAAACAGCAACGAUUUAGAGGAGCCACUGUUUUCCCCCAUCCCCAUUGUGCAGAACGAACCCCUUUCCCCGCUCAAGGAGUUUGAAGAGCUCAAAUACCUUUGGGUGAAGAUAGAUCUGAGCUUACUCUCUCGGAUCCCCGGGCAAGACCCCUUCGAGAGCCUGCCAGGAAAGCCUGAACCCCGAGAGGUCAACACCAAGCACAAGCGACAAUGCCGUGAGUCUCCAACACCAGCAGCUGAAAAACCCUCCACAAAAUCAAAAAGGAAGCACAAGCAAUCUGAAAGUUUGGACACAUUUAGUGAAAACAAGAAGCAGCGCUUGGAGGAGACGCCUGCUUCGUGUCUGCUUCCGCCAUGCAUUUCUCCAAUACCCAACCACAGACUAACCAAUACUACUAAAGACACCAGCUCCAUUAAAAAGGCGACAAAGAAAAGGGACGAGAAGCUGUUUCCACCUCCACUGUCUCCUCUGCUUGAUGAGGCAGCACCCGGCCGGAACAAUGAGAACAGCUCCUUUGGCCAAGAUAAUGCCUUGACGAUCCCUCUGCAAGCCAACGUCUGCUCCAAACACAGAAAAAGCGAGAACAAAUCAUCCUGCAAUUCAAAGGGAAGCUGUGAGGAAGAGUCCCUCAGCAGGGCCCCCAACACUCUGCUCGACACCAGCCAUCUAGACAAUGACAUCUGGUCUACAGUUCCUGCUUUUCCCGAUGGGGAUUCUGAGCCAAGAAGACCUAAAAUAACGUUCGAUGACAUGCUUCACAACGCAGAUUACUACAUGCAAGAGGCCAAAAAGCUGAAGCACAAAGCAGAUGCUCUGCUGGAAAAGUUUGGCAAAGCGGUGAAUUAUGCUGAUGCUGCCCUGUCCUUUAUUGAGUGUGGGAAUGCCAUGGAGCGCGAUCCAUUAGAAGCAAAAUCUCCCUACACCAUGUACUCGGAGACUGUGGAACUCAUCAGAUGGCACACGGACCUCAAGCACCCCUAUUUGGUCUGCGAGAGCCUGCUGUCAAUUUGCCAGUAUUGGGAAAUGCCUUUAAAAGACAGCUCCACCGAGGACCUGAGGAACUACCGAUGCUUAUCCCUCUUGUACUUGAGAAUGUUUAAACUAAAAAAGGACCACGCUAUGAAGUAUUCCAGGUCUCUGAUGGAAUAUUUUAAGAAUUCAUCCAAAGUUUCGCAGGCCCCAUCCCCUUGGGGAGGCAAUGGAAAGAGCACAGAAACGCCGUCCCCCAUGUCUCUGAGCCCAUCGCCCAUCAGUAACCUUGGGAGCACCACAGGAUCUGCCCCAUCCUCCUCUGCAGGGACCAUCACCAUUCCUCAGCGCAUCCACCACAUGGCCGCCAGCCACGUCAACAUCACCAACAAUGUCCUCCGAAGUUACGAGCACUGGGACAUGGCGGACAAGUUGACGAAAGAGAACAAAGAGUUCUUCAUAGACCUGGAUAUGGUGAUGGGCCCAUUGACGCAACACAGUAGUAUGACCAAUCUGGUCCGUUACGUUCGGCAAGGACUCCACUGGCUUCGCCUUGAGGCCCAUUUGUUGUAGUGACUGCUGUCCUGGUUGUCGAGACUCCGUCCUGUUGUUUCUGCUUGGCACACAGGUGAACCCCGGUGGAAAGCCCUCUCUUUUCCUGGGACUGUAUUCAUCCAGCUUACUUUGGUUGCCUUUCCCCCCUGCUUAGAACAGAACAGAAAAAAAAUGUCUUGUAUGUUAAACGUGGAACUUUCCAUAAAUAGAAAUACAGCUCCAGAGCAAGGUAUGGGGUUCACCCGAUUGAAUCAGUCUGGAUUCUCUGCCUUGUAUCUUUUGAAUCCUGUCACUCUUGCCAUUUGUAACAUCCUUUAUGGAAGAGUAGAUUCCCUGCAGUAUUGCACUAUGUUGAAAAUAUAGGUUAUUAGGAAAAUGUCUUAUCUCUGAGGGCAUAUACAAAAACAAAAACCUGUUCCCUGGCAACACAGGUGAAGAACCUCAGCCUGUUGUUCUGUUGAGAUGAACUGUGCUGUUCCCAGCUUAGCCCCAGCGACAUUGUAUAACAGUGGUGAUAGCUAAGAUUUCAGGAAUGCGGUCUCUAAAAAUUAAAGUAUUGAACCUCUUAAUGCAGAUAUAGACAUGCAUAGAC